AUGGAAUCCGAAUUCCGGCAUGCGGAACGAACACCUCUGACCCCCAUUCAGUCAGAAGGGAAGACAUCUGGGAUUUUCACAAAGCAGGCAGCCAAUGAGCCGCGGUCGAAACGCGUUCCUAACCAUGCCUCCCGAUCGGAGAACCAUUCUUUUGGGCAGCCCCAUACGAGAUUGCAGGAUGGGCAAGCACGAAAUAAUACCUCUCCAGCAAAAGCAAAACAGAGAACCAAUUCACUUCGCCGUGCUAAGAAUUGUAGUGAAGUAUUGAGGCAGAGGGCUUUAAAACGUUCGAACACGAUUGAUGUUCCGCCUGAAGGCAUUGGAUUUUCAGGACUAGGAGGUAGAGAGGCGAGACACUUCACGGUUGGGAAUGUUGGCCACAACGGGAAAAUGUACCUCAGACCAACGAACCAGACCAGACUACAACCUCUGCCUGUUAUAAAAGCUCCUCCCCCAUCUUUGAACAAACAAUACCUACACCCAGAAACCCAUCAGCUGGACAACGCCAGAUUGGCUAGACAUAGUAUGUGGUCUAACUCCCAGCUGUCAGAGUUACGACCCCACAUGGUUCGCGAGGAUAGCAACGAAAGCAAGCAUGACGUAUCGACGACUUCAGACGACCAAGAGUCAAGGCGACAUUCACUCGACAAUAUUCCGUCCUCAGAUCCGAGAAAUCGUAGAGAAUUGCGGAUCGUGAUUGAGCGUCCUGAAAGUGAGCGCCCUAAAUCGGCUGACCAGCCUCCAGUCCCUGCCAUUGAAGUCCCAAUCCCCCACUUCAGACUUGGAGGGUUUCGGUUUACAUCAGAAGGCAACCCUACUCUGCGUAGCUCUGCGUGCACCAGAACAUCUGCAUCGGAGCACUUUCGAUCUUCUAUGGGAACUGAGAAUGAUUCGGCCAUAGCACCCCGUCCGUCUCGAUUGGUACACCAGGACUCAAGGGCCCCCGGAACAAAUUCAAUCUUGCGAUCCGUACGUACUGGGAAUCAGGAAUUCAACGAAUUACCGAAUUUAACAUCAGCCCAGUCAUCCGUGUUUUACAAAUUGAGAGAACCAAUAGAACCUUCUAUCUUUGACUUCCUACUCCAUAAAAUGGAUGACCCGUCAGUUGUCCGCUAUGUCAAAGGUUCAAACGAGAUAUCUGCUGCUACUCCCGCUCGAAUAGUUGCACAGAUUUCAUCGGAUUCGUUUAUGGAUUACGAAUUGGUAUCUGACUUCUUCCUCACAUUUCGGUCUUAUCUUUCGCCCAGUAACCUCCUUUCACUUUUGUUGGCAAGGCUCCAAUGGGCGAUCAGUCGACUGGAGGAUGACGGAAGGAUAAUCCGGAUUCGCACUUUCGCAGCUUUAAGGCAUUGGAUUCUUAACUAUUUUGUCGACGAUUUCGUUAUCAAUCGUGACCUUCGGGUUCAAUUCUGCCAGAGACUGAAUCAGAUAUAUGAGAAUGUCAGAAGAAGCAGCAACAACAGCGCAAGUGAUCUCAAAAUCCUUCUUGACUUGAAGCGGUGCUGGAAUGGCAGAUGCGCUCUGUAUUGGGACUCACCAGAUUUUGUCAAUGACGCUCAACCUGAUGAUAAAGUUAUGCCCGGGGGUGUUGCCGGAUCAAGGGAUGUUCACCUAAGUCGCUUAAGCGGUAUCCGGGCCUCUUCUCAUACUAUCGAAUCACAAGCUGUGGAUGUAGUACCACAGUUUCCCGCAUCUCCUUUGAAGGCCACUCAUCAAAAAGAGAGAGACGUUCACCGUUCACCUUCCCAUACUCACAACUUUUCAGCAAUGUCUGCUCGGGAUUUACCACCAUCAUCGGAUAGUGUAAAAAGCAUCCAAGCAGCUUCAUGUUCCUUGCCCUCCAAGGGACAGAAACAUGGGUCCACACAGUCGACCCGUCCAAAAGGCCCACAUCCCAUAUUAGUGACAUCUUCACCGCGUAGUUCGCCAACAUCCACUGACCCCCCGGCAACGGCACCCAUGAUUCAACUAUGGCGUCGGCCAACUCAUUCCCACAAACGAAGUGGAAGUUUUUCAGAUUCUGUACGGGAUGAUCGAGCACCGCUACCAGCUUUAAAUCUCGACACUCAGAGACAAUCUCUCCUCCAAGCCUUGCCCCAUGCUGAAAGUAUAAUUCGAGGUAAUGCCUACGGUCCAGUGGAUCCAUCUGUGCCAAUAAUCGCACCUGCGUCACCUACUCUUGAAGCCACUCAGUUUUUUGUACAACCAACACCGGCGGCAAAAGGAGAUAACUUGAUUAAAUCUACACCAGGUGUCAAAACCUUCAUUGGUACAAUUCGUCGAGCUCUACAUAAUAGACAAAGUGGCCAUUCGUCAACCCCCCCGCAACCUUCAAAUUCCAGUCCAUUACCGUCACUAAAGUGUAAAACUUCUGCACUCCCUCUAAACGUCGGGGUGGGAUGCGAUACAUACAGGGAAAGACGGUCAGGGCCAGAUGCUAGAGUCAAUCCGCGGAUUGACGUACUGUGCGACAAUGCUCUCCAGUGCUAUCGCCAACUUGUUCUGCGGGAGUCACUGAAAUCAGAACCUGUGUCUGAGAUCGUACCUACCAGGGAGUUAGAAAAAGAUAGGUUAUUUUUACCGGGGUCGACCGAUAAAUCGAACCCGGGAACCGACUUUAGAUAUGGCCUUGGGCUUGAGAGAAUACCGAGCCAGCUAACGGCUGGAAGCAAAUCGAUUGUUAUAGUGGAUGACACCCGCCCAGCUAUUCCGCUAAUAUCUGGAGCAUUACAGACUAUCCAAAAUGUUCACCGCCAAUUCCAAGAAUCACCAUUGCACGAUUUCGAAGAGGCGAUCGAUGCGUCGUCUCCUAUAUCCCACCAUGAUACUUUGGUUGGUGCUCCCGGCCCCUCAUUAGAACGGUAUGAUACGAACUCCAUAUCGGAAACUCGAGAUUCGCGAACUUCGGAAGACUACGUUAGGUUUCCAGAGAAGCGAUCUUCCUCUGUGGUUCGAAAUGGUUCGAAAACCCCGGUACGAUCCAGUUCGGGUAGUAGGCUACGACGAUACGCGUCUUAUCAUAGCGGGAUGGUAAAGUUUGGGAAGCAGUCAAGCAUUGGCUUUGCGAAUGAGACUGUGUCACGCAGUGGAUCGUUCCGCGAAUCGCGAGAGAAGCCAUUUGCUCGUAUGCUUCGCCGUCGUCCUGGCGGGGAUCUAAGGAAGAUCCGAAAUUUUCAUGAUCUUCAAGCAGGGCCCAUGGUACGAUCCUUUGCCUCUGGGACAUCGUACACAGCAUCAAUGGCAGAAUCUCUCUUAUACUUGAACAAGGACGGCACGGCAGGAGCUCCACCGAACGAAUGGUGCGAGCGUGAAGAAGCACUCCUUCCAAUGCAACAUCAUUCCGCCACUGGAGCACGUCACUCCCAUCGGAUGCGAGCCUCUUUUGAGGCUGCAGUUGCAGGAUUCUCCAGAAUCCCUGAUGAUGAAGAUGGAGGAAUCGAAUCGACUCUCCUUAAAUUGGAGGGCAAAUGGGAGAAGCCGUCGCCAGCUACGCCUCGAGACUGUAAAGAACAACCUAACUCUGGUGAUACACUCACGGAUAAACACAACGACCGUAAAGAACAAUUCUAUCGUCAACGAUACCUCACUGAACCUGCCGUUGCACCUACUUUCCAGUCAGAUAAUGAUCGAAAGUUGUCUACGAUUACUGCGCCCGAUACAGAAUCGUUCAUAGGUUCCGAGGAUUCAUAUUGCUCGAUCCCGCUCCUUGAACGUGGUUUGAGCGACGAGUCUAUGAAAAGUCCCAUUUUCAGUCCACCAAUCCAAUCCCCACUACAAACAUUCAACCAGGAUGAUGAUCCAGCAACUGGUAGACUUGAGUCGUCUCAUCCAUCGAUUGAUAUGGUUGAAGAAACAGAGAGCUUAAAACGGAUUCCGCAAGGUUCAACUGUCCCAAGGCCCCCUACAUUAUCCUCCACGCUACCCAAGCCAAAUGCUCAUGAGGGUGAUGAUGAUGACGGCUACGGCUCCGAGCUCUCCUCGGAAAUAUCAGUCAUUGAUAAGGAUGAAGCGGUCGACAGGUAUCGAAAGACCAGCGCAAUUGCCAGCAUAGAUGAAGCACUACCGAGCCUAGACAUGCUUUCACAUCCUUUGAGGCACCCGCCGUCUCCACCAAUGACCGCACGAUACCCUGGUUCGACAUCGUCUUAUGCUGCUCCUGUGGACACCAUCACCCUACAGCGGCAACCUAUAACACCUGACUUGUCGCCCAGUGGUAAAAACCUGCCCAGCACUUCUACAAACCGAACGCUAGACUUAAAAAAUCUUUCAAGUAAUAUCUUGUUUAGCUCAGAGACGCAAACAUAUGUCAAAGAAACCCCAGCUAUGCUAUCAUCAAACAAUUGCCAUUUGCCUUUCAUUCUGGCCUGCGAAUCCCUCGUGCUUGCUCAGCAGUUCACCCUCGUUGAAAAGGCUGCACUGAACGAGGUUGACUGGAAAGAUUUGGUGGACAUGCGGUGGAGUCAGUCCUCGCAGUCAACACUUAACUGGGCAAGCUAUCUUUCGCAGCAUGAUCGUAGGGGAAUUGAUAUUGUUGUUGCUCGCUUCAACCUCAUGGUGAAAUGGGUAGUCUCAGAGGUUGUUCUGACAAAGAAUAUAACCGAAAGAGCGCGAACUAUCACCAAACUUAUCCACGUGGCUGUGCACUCGAGGAGACUCCGGAAUUACUCGACCAUGCUGCAGAUCACCAUAGCGCUUUGCUCAGUUGAUUGUACGAGACUGACGAAGACUUGGGAGCUAGUCGCGGACGACGAGAAGCAGCUGCUUAAGGAUAUGGAGACACUAGCGCAGCCCAUUCGUAAUUUCCAAAAACUGCGAUUGGAGAUGGAAACCACCAACCUGCAAGACGGAUGUGUCCCGUUUGUCGGCCUCUAUGUUCAAGACCUGACCUACAACUCCCAGAAGCCUGCUCAGAUAGCGAGUACGCGGGAUGGCGAACCUCUCGUGAACUUCGAGCGGUAUCGCACUGCUGCAACGAUUGUGAAAAGCCUGCUUCGCCUUAUCGAUGCUAGUACGAAAUAUACUUUCGAACCCGUCUAUGGGAUCAUCGAGCGCUGUCUCUGGAUCUCCGCGCUACCCGACGAGAAAAUUGUGGCUCUGAGCAAUGACCUUGCGCAGUGA